AUGGAGCAGUUGUCGUCUGUGGCGAGUCGCGCGUUCUUUGGAGCAGCAGGCCGCAGCUUGGCGCAUGACGAGAAAUAUCCGGAGACCCCUUUUCUCUUUGGAAGCACGACCGUCUGUGUACAUGGAAAAUGGUAUGUGGAGAAUCUAACAUGUGAUUGCGAUGCUGGGUGGGCCAGCGACCCGCAGCAGAAUGCUCUUGCUCCGAAGUUUUUUUUGUGUAAUCUCAGUGUCCCGUUGCCCCUUGCGUCCAAAAAGGAUUUUCUUGAUAACUUUUUGGGCGGUAAGUUCUCUCCAACAACUCUUGUUACUUUUAUUUUUCUUUUCAUUGCCGUCAUCAGUUGUUUUAUUUGCCGCUGCAUUCGUUUCUGCCGUGAAUCUGAUGCCACAAAUGAACGCACUCUGCAACCGCCGCAAAUGCAGGAGGGGAUGGUGAGUGUGCCUGCUGAAUGCCCCAAUCAGUUAUUCGGUUCAGUUUCGGCUGCUCCUGCGUACAUGAUGUCGCCGCCGAGGUACCCGGAAUUUACAACUCAUCUACCGGCCGAGUCCCCGUAUCAAAACCUCUCCGUUGGAUUUGGGCAUGCGUACAGCCACAACGACCCCUUUGCUGAGCAACCCAUACAGAUGGAGGAGCCGCAACAUGCAACCGGCAGUUUAUAUCCCUUCACGAGCCACAACCAGCUGAUGCCUGAAGAUUUACAGAAUGGCGGUGUUGGCGGGGCGGAGAAGGGACCGUUUACUCUCCGGCAUCUCACUCAUUUUAAAGAGAAGUCAUCACAGGAUAACUUCAUUCCCACAACAAACCAUGGAUAG